AGGAAUAGCUGAAAGAUCCCUCGAAAGAUCUGUCAAUGGAUCCCCCGAAGGGGUCCAGUCACCGACCCAAAACAUUCCACACCAGUCUCAAGCUUCCAAGUUGUGACUAUCUAUGAGCAACGAUUUCCAUCAAAACAAAAUGUUUACCUGCCUUCUCUUCCACCUCCCCUCUCUAAAAUAACUCGAAAAAAAUCGGACUCAAGAAAAGUAUAUAUAGAAAGGGGGUUUAUGUUUUGUUCUUUCUUGAGAAAGAGAAUAAUAGUUCUGAAACAUCAUCCAUAACAACCCAAGAAAAGGUAUUCUUUGAAGAGUAAAGCUAAGAAUCAAUACCAAUCCUCUCAGAAUUCUCUUUCAUCUUUGGACAAAGGUUAAGAAUCUUCUUUACAAAUUCUUUAAUCUCAAGGUUAAGAAUCUUUUUAGGGUCUUAUGGCAUGCCUCAAGAACAAGAAUUGCAUUGUCAUCCGAAGGGUUUAUCUUUUUGACACUUUUGAGCUACAAAAAGGUUGGGCCAUACUCACUUCUUUUCUACAAAUGGAGUGCACUUUCCUUGAUCAUCUUUCCACCAGAAUUAUGGGUUUCUAUUCUUUCUUUCUAUGGCUCCUCCUCCUCUUCUCUGUCAUUUCUUCCAAUGUUUUCACAGUGUACGCAUUCAAGGGAACAUAUGGAGUAAACUAUGGUAGGAUAGCAGAUAAUUUACCUUCACCACGCAGCGUGGUGACGCUUCUGAAAGCAGCCAAGAUUAAAAAUACCAGAAUCUACGACGCUGACCAUGAAGUCCUCAAGGCCUUCAAAGGCUCUGGCAUUGGAAUAAUAGUUGGACUUGGCAAUGGGUAUUUAAAAGAAAUAGCUGUAGGAGAGGAUCGCGCCAUGAAUUGGAUAAAGGAAAAUGUGCAGCCAUUCCUUCCUGGAACAAAUAUUGCUGGAAUAGCAGUGGGAAACGAGAUCUUGGGGGGCGAUGACCAUGAAUUAUGGGAGGUUUUACUGCCUGCGGUUAAAAAUGUUUAUGAUGCGCUUCGAAGGCUGGGUUUGACGAAGGUUGUCGAGGUUUCAAGCCCACAUUCAGAGGCCGUCUUCACCAAUUCCUUCCCACCAUCGGCGUGCGUGUUCAGGGAAGAUGUUUCUAUAUACAUGAAACCACUGUUGCAGUUCUUCUCCCAGAUUGGCUCUCCUUUUUACAUAAAUGCCUACCCUUUUCUAGCCUACAAGAGUGAUCCUGAGCAUAUUGACAUAAACUAUGCUCUUUUCAAAUCAAAUAAGGGAAUUCUUGAUGCAAAGACUAAUCUGCAUUAUGAUAACAUGUUUGAGGCUCAGGUUGAUGCAGCUUACGCUGCAUUAGAAAAGGCUGGGUUUCCCAAGAUGGAAAUCAUCGUUUCUGAAACAGGUUGGGCUUCUCGUGGGGAUGACAAUGAAGCAGGUGCCAAUUUAGAAAAUGCCAGGACUUACAAUCGUAAUCUGCGUAAACGGCUAGCUAAAAAGAAGGGAACACCAUACAGACCAAAGUUUGUGGCAAAAGCGUAUAUUUUUGCACUGUUCAACGAAAAUUUGAAGCCCGGGCCAACUUCUGAGAGGAACUUUGGAUUGUUUAAACCUGAUGGAAGCAUUUCUUAUGAUAUCGGAUUCACCGGGCUUAAGGAAUCCUCUGGAGUUUCAUCAUUUAUUCAUUUCAAGGUUAUUGGAGCAUAUGGUUGGUUGGGGUCAUCCUGUGCAUUGCUUCUUACAACUUGUAUCACACUUGUGCUCCUAAUCUGACUUCUUGAAAAGGCCAACAGUCUAGAAUUUGCUGAUGCACGUAGUUGUAACAUACUCGAUUCAUUUUCUAUUGUUUUGACAGUAAUUCUUGAAUCAAUUGAAAACGGAGAAUCUCAUGAGACAUGUAUAAAUAUCUUCAGAAAUGUAUCAUAAAUGAAUGAAUUCUUGAAUAAGGAAAAAAGGGCUCUGAUGUCGUUUCACCAUAA